GAGUAACCAGGAAAUGAGCAGAGAGAACAUGGCAGAAGAGGACAGACCCAAAGAAGAAGCCCAAAACGAAUGGGCGCAGAAGGCCUGGAGGGCCCUCUCCGCCGUACGGCGGCAGUCACCUCUCAUCCAAUGCAUCACCAACUUCGUCUCCAUGGAUCUGAUGGCCAACACUCUCUUGGCCGCCGGCGCUUCUCCCGCGAUGCUCCACUCCCUCCAAGAAAUCCCCGACUUCACUCCUCAGGCCCACGCCCUCCUCAUCAACGUCGGCACACUCUCCGACGCCUGGCUUCCGGCUAUGAAGUCUGCCGCCGAGUUCGCAACUCAGUCUGGAAGGCCCUGGGUGCUGGACCCGGUAGCCGCCGGCGCGACCGGUUUCCGGUUGAAGGCUUGUCUGGAGCUGGUUGGACUUAGGCCAACUGUUAUCAGAGGAAAUGGUUCCGAGAUUAUUGCCCUUUCCAAGGCCUCCUUAGGGGCCACUCAAGGUGUAGAUAGCAUUCAUGAAUCAGUAGAUGCAAUGGAAUAUGCAAAGUCCUUGGCUAAAGCAAGUGGUGCCAUAGUUGCAGUAUCUGGAGCAGUUGACAUUGUUACAGAUGGACAGCAAGUUGUUGGUGCUCGUAAUGGGGUGGCCAUGAUGCAACGGAUCACAGCGACGGGAUGUUCUGUCACUGCUCUCAUUGCUGCUUUUGUUGCAGUUGACCCAUUACAUGCUUUGGAAGCUACAGUUUUGGCAUUAUCUGUCUUUGGUGUUGCCGGUGAGAUGGGUAUGGAAAUGGCUAAAGGUCCAGCUUCAUUGAGGAUGCACUUGAUAGAUUCACUGUACGGGCUUGAUCAACCAGCUGUACUUUCUCGUAUCAACAUCACCAGCUUGUCAUAAAACGUGGGGAGCUCUGUGUGGUACGUCGAUUACCAUGGACUUGUUUUAGCCAUGUAUAGUGCUCAUACGUUGAGCAAUGUGAUAACUGACAAAUUGAUCAGCAUGUUAUACACUAUGUGUACUUUAUUGUUCUUUUUACAAAUCAUAAUGAUCCCAUGGUCUCUCCUAUUUACAAAUAAACAAUUUAAACCAUUAGGGUGUUUUUCCUUA